AUGCAAGCACUCAGGUCUCUCAUUAUCCCCAAGUGGUCCUCAGAUGUGCGUCUAGAAGGGAAGACAGCUAUAGUAACGGGGGCCAACACUGGAAUAGGCAAAGAGACAGCUGAAGACUUGGCUGGCCGAGGUGCAAGAGUGAUUUUGGCAUGCAGAGACAUGGCAAAAGGAGAGCAAGCUGCUCGUGACAUCAUGAGGGAGGUGAAGGGAGCCAAGGUAGUCGCCAGGCAACUGGAUCUGGCUGACACCAAAUCAAUAUGCCUGUUUGCCGAGAGUAUCUACAACACUGAGAAGGCUCUUCACUACCUGAUUAACAAUGCAGGUGUGGCUAUUUGCCCUUACAGCGUUACAGUGGAUGGAUAUGAGAUGCAGUUUGGAGUCAAUCACUUGGGUCACUUCUUCCUGACCUUUCUGUUACUGGACUUGCUAAAGCACUCUGCCCCAUCCCGGGUCAUCAACGUCUCGUCGGCAGCCCACGCCUUGGGCAAGAUCCAGUUUGAUGACCUGAGCGGUGAAAAAGACUACCACCCUGUCAGGGCCUACGCACAGAGCAAGCUGGCCAACGUCCUUUUCACCAGAGAGCUGGCCAAAAGAACUGAGGUUCUAGGUGUGACGGCUUACUCUGUGGACCCUGGCAUAGUGAACACUGAAAUAAUAAGGCACGUGAGGCGCCCUCUUGCGGACAUAGCCAAGGCCUUCAGUUUUCUGAUCAAGACCCCAGCAGAGGGAGCCUAUACCAACAUCUACUGCACCGUCACUCCUGAGAACCAGCUGCUCACCGGGGGAUAUUACAAGGACUGUGCCUGUGCAGAGAGCUCCUGGGCAGGUCAGGACGACGGCACCGCCUUAAAGCUGUGGGCCGUGAGCUGCCACCUACUAGGCAUCCGCUGGAGAUAAGCUUGCAGACUUAAAUGGGCUCUCCCACAUACUAUAAAGCAAUAUUUAUGAGCACUUACAAAUAUUAUGCUGAUGCUAGGUUAACUGUAUGGAGAAAGUGUCAAG